AACGCUAUUUUGCGGGACUGUAACAAGGUGUGCCUUCCUCAAAAUCAAAUAAUGGUAUUGGGAGACUGCCACGAGUAUUGAGGAGUGAUAUGUCCAGCUAUCAUUCUGUUCUGGUCCGUGUACGUCCCCUGCGAGGCGCAGUACCUCAACACAGUGCAGCUUUUGUUGGAGCAAAUCGACGUGGUGAAGAGAAUGAUCGCGGCGAGCCCCAGGGACACCAUCCUCGUCACGUCUUCGUCAGGGAUUCAGGAGGAGUUCAAGCGUGGGCGUGUUGCCAGUCUCAUGGGCGUGGAGGGCGGCCAUGGGUUGGGCAGCAGCAUGGGCGUUCUGCGGUCACUGUACGACCUGGGCGUGCGCUACGUCACUCUCACGCACAAGUGUCAUACUCCGUG